AUGGCUUCUUCCAGCAUCUCAGAGAGCAAACUCUUCAAGCCACUCAAGCUUGGCAAUGUUCAACUCCAUCAUCGUAUAGCUAUGGCGCCAUUGACGCGAUAUCGCAACGACACCAACCAUGUUGCCAUGCCUUUCGUCCAGAGAUAUUAUGGCGAGCGCGCUUCAACCCCAGGCACACUCAUCAUCUCGGAAGCUACUGGCACUUCAAUGCAGGAGACGGGCGUACGAAACGCCCCAGCCAUAGUGACCGACGAACAAGUCGAGGCUUGGAGAAAGGUCAUAACUGCGGUUCACGAACAGAAGUCGGUGUGGUUCCAGCAGAUUUGGGGCCAGGGACGGGCUUCUGAUCCUGAGUAUCUGAGAGAACGCGGUUACGAAUUCCGGUCCUCUAGUGCUGUAUCAAUGGAACCCGGAGCGCCGGUACCUAAGGCUAUGACAGAAGAUGAGAUUUCGGGCGUGAUACAGGACUUUGUGGACACCGCCAAGCGAAUUGUCGCUGCCGGUGGUGAUGGAAUUGAGAUUCAUGGUGCCCAUGGUUACCUUAUCGACCAGUUCCUCUCGGACUCGAUUAACCAACGAAACGACAAGUGGGGAGGUUCAAUCGAGAACCGAUCCCGGCUCCUCCUUGAGGUGGUCAAGGCAGUAGUUGAAGCCAUUGGUGCUGAGAAAGUAGCACUCAGGCUAUCACCAUAUGCUACCUUCCAAGGCUCGAAGUCAUCGGACAGUCAUGGUCAGUACACCUAUAUUGUCAAGGAGCUGAAGAAGAUGAAUGUUCCCUUGGCCUACCUGUCGCUGGUUGAGGCCCGUGGCGACCCUGCUAUGCUUCUGGACCCUGAGCAGAAUUCGGCAGCUUCUCAGCAAACGCUUGACUUCAUCCUUGAAGUUUGGAACAAUAUGUCCCCUGUCAUUGUGGCUGGGAACUACAGCCCAGAGACUGCUGCUCGGGCAUUAGAGGAGCAGUACGAAAAGUGGGAUGUUGUUGUCGCUUUUGGGAGGAGUUUUCUCGCGAACCCUGACCUCGUUUGGCGUAUCAAGCAUGGUGUGCCGCUUUCGAAAUAUCAUCGACAUUCCUUCUAUAUCAAGGGUUCUGAGAUUGGUUAUAACGACUAUACCUUCAGUCAGGAAUAUAUCGACGCUCGGAGGGAGUGGGCUGUCGAAAACUUAGACUCAAACUCUAAGUAG